CAAGGCCCCAUCACUUGCAAGCUCUUGGUGUUGCUGUGCCCUGCAGAAAUGGCCGUCAUCGUCGUGGCGCCCAUGGCGGCGGCUGCAGCGCCACUGACAAUGGCGUUCUUGCUGCUGAUGCACGCCAUGAGCGUGUCCCGUGGCCAGCUCCAGGUCGGGUUCUACUCCGACUCCUGCCCCGACGCCGAGGACAUCGUCACCGCCGCCGUCCAGGACGCCGCCGGCUCCGACCCCACCGUCCUCCCCGCGCUGCUACGCCUCCAGUUCCACGACUGCUUCGUCCGGGGGUGCGACGCGUCGGUGCUGAUCCGGAGCGCGCGGAACGACGCGGAGGUGAACAACAACAAGCACCAGGGGCUGCGGGGGCAGGACGUCGUCGACGCCGCCAAGGCGGAGCUCGAGGACCAGUGCCCCGGCGUCGUCUCCUGCGCCGACAUCAUCGCCCUCGCCGCGCGCGACGCCAUCGCCAUGACGGGCGGGCCGUCGUUCGACGUGCCGACGGGGCGGCGCGACGGGCUGAUCUCCAACCUCCGCGACGCCGACGUGCUGCCGGACGUCGUCGACUCCAUCCAGGUGCUCCGCUCCAGGUUCGCCGCCAGCGGCCUCAACGACCGCGACCUCGUCCUCCUCACAGCGGCGCACACCAUCGGCACAACGGCGUGCUUCUUCGUCAAGGACCGGCUGUACAACUACCGGCUGCGCGGCGGCGGCGUCGGGUCGGACCCGUCCAUCCCGCCGGCGUUCCUCUCGGAGCUCAAGGCGCGGUGCGCCCCCGGCGACUUCAACACGCGGGUGGCGCUGGACCGCGGCAGCGAGCGCGACUUCGACCUCUCCAUCCUCCGCAACAUCCGGUCGGGCCUCGCCGUCAUCGCCUCCGACGCCGCGCUCGACGCCAGCAACGCCACCCGCGGCCUCGUCACCGCCUACCUCGGCGCGGCCUCGCCCAGGUUCGCGCAGGACUUCGUCGCCGCCAUGGUCAAGAUGGGCACCAUCGGCGCCCUCACCGGCGACGACGGCGAGGUCAGGGACGUCUGCUCCCAGUUCAACACCGACUGAUCCGAUCACUCCCCCCCCCCCCCCCCCACACACUGUACAUUACAUCCAUUUCCUCUUCACAAAUUAAGCUCAAAUCAAUUUUCAAGAAUUCAACAAAAAUUGACACACUACACUACACAUUCAAGAAUUCUAAUUACAAAUUCGGCAGAAUUCGAGUGAUUAAGCUUGAAAUAUAUAUGCAAUGCGACUGUGUGCGGAUUAAUUGGUGUUUUGAAGGGCAUUAAUCUCGAGUGUUAAUUCGGGUUGUUGAGCUAUCUGAUACAGUGAUUAUAUAUAUGUACCCUCGUGCACUGAUGCACACCAUCAAUUGCUGUCAAGAACAGUUGGAACUUUUAACAAAAUGUCAGUGAUAUUC